AUAAUCUGAACUUAUAUAAUGCAAACAAUUGGAAUAAUGUUGAACAGUGUAACAAAACAUAUUUUGCACUGUUGUUUACUACUUACUGUUAUAAUUGUGUUUGAACUGAUUGCUGGAGGAAUUAGUUGGAAUAAUAGUAAAAAGGAAACAUUUGAUCCAUGGGUUCAAUAUGGAUUUCUUGGUGCACUUACUUUAUAUUUUUUACGAACACUUACAUUUCUUUCGUUUCCUCAAGUUUUAUUUAAUUUUGUGGGAUUAACAAUAUACAAUACAUUCCCAGAUAAAAUUGUUUUGAAAGGUUCACCAUUACUUGCACCGUUUAUUUGUAUUAGAAUAGUAACACGAGGAGAUUAUCCACAAUUAGUGAGACAAAAUGUGCAAAGAAAUUUAACCUUGUGUCUAGAAACGGGUUUGGAAAACUUUCAAAUUGAAGUAGUUAGUGAUAAGUCUAUUGGAUUAUUCCGUCAGAGAAGAAUUAGAGAAAUUGUUGUACCACCAAAUUAUCGCACAAGUAGUGGUGCUUUGUUCAAAGCACGUGCGUUGCAGUAUUGCUUAGAAAAUUCAGUAAAUGAAUUAGCAGAUCGUGAUUGGAUUGUACAUCUUGAUGAAGAAACUUUAUUGACUGAAAAUUCUGUUCGUGGUAUAUUGAAUUUUGUAUUGGAUGGAAAACAUCAAUUUGGACAAGGAUUAAUAACAUAUGCAAAUGAAGAUGUUGUUAAUUGGAUUACUACUUUAGCAGACAGUUUUAGAGUAGCAGAUGAUAUGGGAAAAUUACGAUUACAAUUCACUAUGUUUCAUAAGCCUUUUUUUAGUAUGAAAGGUUCUUAUGUUGUUAGUCAGAUGGGUGCAGAAAGACAAGUUUCCUUUAAUAAUGGACUAGAUGGAUCUGUUGCAGAGGAUUGUUUUUUUGCAAUGAAAGCAUUUACCGAAGGGUAUACGUUUAAUUUUGUGGAUGGUGAAAUGUGGGAAAAAUCACCAUUUACAUUAUGGGACUUUGUACAACAAAGAAAAAGGUGGUUACAAGGUAUAUUACUUGUCGUACAUUCCAAAGCUAUUCCAUUAAAUAAAAAAUUGCUUCUUGGCAUAUCUUGUUACUCAUGGGUAACAAUGCCCCUUUCUACUUCUAAUUUAAUAUUAGCUGGAAUUUAUCCCAUUACUUGUCCUCCAUUUAUAGAUUUUCUAUGUGCUUUCAUUGGUGCAGUGAAUAUUUAUAUGUAUGUUUUUGGAGUAGCUAAAUCAUUUUCUUUAUAUAGAUUUGGUAUUGCUCGAUUUAUACUAUGCAUAUGUGGGGCAUUAUCAACAAUUCCUUUCAAUUUGAUAAUUGAAAAUGUUGCUGUUAUAUGGGGUUUGUUUGGCAAGAAACAUAAAUUUUAUGUUGUUAAUAAAGAGUACACAAAUACUACCCAUAAUAUUGUAAACAUGUAUUACAAAAAUCAAACUUAA